CGUUUUAUCAGACUUUACCUCACGAUCCGCGGCCUGACUCGCACCUUGGACACCACUCAAUUCUCUCUUGCAUUUAUCAGAAUGAAGGAUACAAAUGGACGCUGCCCCUGAGGCAGAAAAAGCGCAGUACUUGUUCUUCUAUGAAAAAGCAUUGAAGAGGGAAGAGGAAGAGAAAGAGAAGGCUCAUGAAGCCGUUUUCAAUACCGUGCCCGCCUUAACUAAUGAUGAGGUGGAAGAGAAGACUGCCCCACUCGUCAGGGCUUUAGUAGAGGUCCGGGCUGUUGAAGACCAUACGGGCCAACUCGCCAAGGCGUUUGAUGUCAAGAAGUUGCGUGAGGAUAUGGCCCUGAUGGCGCAGCAGCACCGUGACCAGCUGCAACAGUUUGCUAGCUUGCAGCCGGCCCAAAGUGUCCUUCUGCCUGCUUACCCUGCUUCUAAUGCCGCGUGUCAGUCCGUUCUUGCCCCUCUAACUGUAUCUUCUUCUUCUUCUUCUUCUUCUUUGAGUGUGGCCAACAGCCUAUCCGGAUCUUUAGCAGGUCCAGACCCCUCUGUUGCUGCUGCUGUUGCUGCAGCGGCAAGUGGCAGUGCAGGGCAUUCUGGAACUGUUGCAGCCCCGAAUUCGGACCCAGCAGUCGCUGGUCCUAGUUGCAACUUUCCCUAUGUGGACAAGAAGGCGGCACAUAUUCCGUCUGAGUAUAAUGGAAAAGACGACAUCGAAUCUUGGAUCAGCUCCAUGCGAUCUUACUUUGAUGUGUUGGGGACACCCCCGGUGAUUCAGUCGUCGGUCCUAGGGACCAAUGUGGAACCCGCCGUAAGGGGCUUCUUAGAAGUCCAAGCUAUACAGUCAGGCUAUAAAAGAAUAGACCUGAACAAAUGGUUGAAGGUUACGCCUAUAGCCGCACUCAAGGAACUCUUGAUCAAACAAUAUGCUGAUCCACAUGCUGCAGCCAAAGCUAGACUUAAGCUUGACAAGCUCAAGCACAGCAAGUGGACCGGCACCAUGCAUAGUCUGCAGCAGCAUGUUAGUAAACUCUUUGCUACUCCGGAUCAGGAGAUGACUGCGCAGUCUUACUUGGAUGUGAUAAAAGGUGUGGUCCCCUCUAAUGUGACACAUCGCCUGGGGCUCGAACUCAUAACGUAUACAGAUUGGCUUACCCUCAUGCGGGGUUUAGUCAAGCUGGAGGCACAACACCUACCAGGUGGAUUGGGUGGCAAAAAGACCACCGGCCACAAACGGUUUCCAGGCAGCAACCGUUUUGCAGCGCACGAUCUACUUGAGGUUGACGAGGAGACCUUCGCAAAUGACCCUUCUCUUGAUGACGAUCAAGAGCAAAACUACGAGGCAUCUUGCUCUUCGUCAACCCAUGAGUCUGAGUAUGUAAAUGACGAUGGAUCUAUGAAUGCCUUCAAGGACCACAGUGAAGAACAAUACUAACAUCAUUCUCCUUCCCAAGGGAGCGAAGAUUCCACCCAAACCGGAAGAUCCUGCCACAAAACCAUGCGUAGAUCUCCGAAUAAGUGAAAGUGAGUGGAAACACAGGGUAAAGAAAGGGGUUUGUCUGCAUUGCACCAAACCGAGACAUUCAGUCCAACAUUGCUGCAGAUUGCAACAGGGAAAACAGCAACGGGGGUAGAGACAUCAUCAACACACUCUACAGAGAGAGAGGCUGAACAUGUAAGUGCAGAUCCUUCACCGGAUUCUGAUCGUACUCAACAAACCUCUCUUGAAACC